CAAUUCCAUUUUGGUACCAAAGUGACAACACAGAGAAGUUUGAUUUCUGAGUCACGAUCGCAUGAUUCGCCUAAGUUUGCUCUGAAUUUUAAUUCACAUUGGCCAUGGGAAUCUUUUCGACAGCGUCUUCCUUCGACGCUGACGUUGAAUCCUGUUUUCCUUUAGAGAAAGCCACCGACGAGAAAAAUACCACGGAGAAAUGGGCCGAAAUCAUGGACAUUUGCGACAGAGUGGUUACAACCCAAAACGGGGCAAAGGAAUGCCUCCGCUCAAUCAUGAAAAGGGUUAUCCAUCCUGAUCCCCAUGUCGCCCUGCAGGCUCUUACCUUGUUGGAUGCCUGUGUAAACAACUGCGGCAAACCAUUUCAUUUGGAAGUCUCAUCUAGGGAUUUUGAGUCUGAAGUUAGGCGCCUUGUCUCCAGAGGCGGGCGGACACCAUUGCAGGAAAAAUUGAAGUCAAUGUUGAAAUCAUGGGCUGAGUCACCAGAUUUCACGAAAGACCCUCAGUUAAGCCUCAUCCCUUCACUCUACAAAAAGCUGAAAGAGGAAGGCGUGGACUUCACUCCGUCACAUCAGCCUGUGGAACCCAUCAAGCUCUCAAAGGACCCGAAUGUUGUUCAGAGCAAACAGGAAGAGGAUGACAUUGCUAAAGCCAUUGAGUUGUCCUUGAAAGAGUCUACCAAGAAGUCAGGCAGUGGAAGCAGCAGCAUCGGCGGUGCUAUCAGCAGUUCCUCCCUUUACCCAUCGAUGAACAACUUUUCUUUGAAAGCUUCUUCACCACCACCGCAGGAAACCAAAGUCCGAGCGCUCUACGACUUCGAAGCAGCAGAGGACAAUGAACUCAGUUUUAAAGCUGGUGAUAUAGUUUUUGUGACUGACAAUACGGAUCCCAAUUGGUGGAAAGGUCACUCUUCUAAGGGAGAAGGCCUCUUUCCUGCUAAUUUUGUCACCACAGACUUGUCAGAACCGAAGAGAAGCGUCCAAUUCAAUGAAGCUGUAGAGGUAAAAACACUAACUUACGAAGAGGAAGAGGAGGAGGACACUUCUGUCCCAGAAGUAGACGAAAGUAAAAUUGAUAGGCUGUUAUCGAUCAUCCAUGAUAUUGAUCCCACUGACGAAGCUGCUUCUGGCGUGGAUCCUUCCUUGGAGAAGCAAGUGAAUGCCAUGGGACCACUCAUAGAUGUUGAGCUUGAGAAAAUUGACCGGCGGCACGCAAGUCUCACUCAGCUGGCUACUGAACUGACUGAUGCACUUAACAUGUAUCAUUCGCUAAUGAGAGAAAACGUGAAACCAGAUUGGAACCCUUACAUGCAACCUCCACAGGCAUACGGUCAGCAGUUUCCUCAGCCAAUGCCUCCCCCUCCUGCAGGCAUGCCUGCCAUGUACCCAGGGCCCAUGCCAGGGGGCGGACCACCGCCUCAGGGACCCCCCGAGGGCUACGCAUGGGCACCUCCACCAAUGGGAGUUCCUUACGGACAUCUGCCUGCAGAUUACGGGGCCACUCAGUACCCUCAGGGUCCAGCGAUGCCACAGAACACUCCCUCGUCAACAAUGAUGUGAUAAUUUUUAAUUAGAUUAUGAUUAAUGGAUAUGAAGAAAGAUUUAUUUCAAUUCCUAAGAAGGCUUUUAAAUUUUGGAUCACGAAUCAAGUCGUUGGUUUUAAGUUGGGAGUUCCCAAGCUCUCCAAGAUAUUUUCUUAAGCAAAAAAAUAACUCCCAUUAAGCAUCACACAUUGUUUGUCUUUCGGACCAGGCGUUGCAUGAACUUAAAAACAAAAAAUCUAUCCGCCCCUUCUGUAAGAUUGGACACUAUCUGACGCAAUCUUAGCAAGAAUGCAGCUCUAGUUUUAAUAAUUCUUCCCCGCGUGUUGGCUUUCUAUAUUUAUACCGAGAUGCGUUCUGGAUUUUGUGUAUUUACAAUCUUUUGCAUGCAAUAGCUAUCUUCAACACAUUCUAUAUAAUUAUUAACUAAGUGAGAAUGGAUAUUAUACCUGCUAGUUAAUUGAAAAAUUAUCUGCUUCAUAUUUAUAAAAAGCCUGUUCAAACUGUGAAUGUUGAUGAGCAAAAGUUGAGGUGAAACAAGAGAUGAAAGGACGUUGUUGCAUAUUUUACUACAUCAGUUGAUUUAUCAUGUUCGGAAUAUGUAUAUUGAAAUGGACAUUUAAAAUAAAUUGCUCCGUAAAAA